UCAUUCAUCAUCCACUCACCUCCUAUACUCUCUACAGAGCUUACUACAACCCUAAAUUACAGUCAUUCACUAGAAGAAAAAAUUCAUUAAUUAAAAGAAGAGGUUGAGAAAAAUGUCAGGAGUUUGGGUAUUCAAAAACAAUGGAGUAUUUACGUUGGAGAAUGAAGAGGGAAAACGAGGAAGUGUUUCGUCGAGAAGAAAUAAGAUUUUGGUGCACUUGCCGAGCGGUCAGCCUAUAUCAUCGUACUCUUGUCUGGAGCAAAUCCUGAGAGGUUUAGGGUGGGAGAGGUAUUAUGGAGGAGACUCUGAUCUCCUCCAAUUCCACAGGCGCUCUUCCAUAGACCUAAUCUCUCUUCCAUGGGAUUUCUCGAGGUUCAGUUCUGUUUACAUGUACGACAUUGUCAUCAAGAACCCGCAAAUCUUCCAUGUCCGUGAUAUGUAACCUCCUUAUGUAACACCUAUAUAUAUCUAUCCGUAUCUGUAUAAUAAUGUUUGGAAUUUGGAUUGCUCUUAAUAAAUAUAUAUU